AUGCUCCACAUCACUUCUCUCUGCCGAGGCGGGUACAUGAUGUACCACCGCAAGUCCAUGGGGACGAUGAAGUACAGUAGAUGGAAGGGCGCCCACGGCGGCGUCAGUCACUUCUACGGAAGAACCCCCAUGGUGGAGGAGGUGAAACGCAACGAACCCGUUACUCUGAUUGACCGUCGCAUCAUGCACUAUGUGCACCGCUCGCGGCUUCGUCACUUUCAACUGUUUCGUUCUUACCAACAGAAGUCGAACGCAACGGAGUGCAAAUUGCGUGAGGGUGAGAUGCUUCGUCGCCGCUGGCAUCGCAGGCUGCAGAAGUCAUUUAUUGCCUUUAUGCAGUUCAAGACGAUGAAGGUGCUCGAGGACCAGGCAAGAUUGGUGAACACGUACGGUCAGGCGGCUGUGAACGCGGCGCUGGGCGAUCCCUGGGAGGCCGCUGCGGGCAAGGUAAAGGACCGCAAAUAUGUGACGAUCCGGCGCAAGGUGAAUGCAUUACCGGUGCUUAGUGUUGUGCCCAAGCACGUUGCCACCAUGAAGCAGAUCCACAAUGACCGCUUCAACUAUCGCUGGAGAGUGAACUAG